CUGGAGGGGCUAGUUCAGCGCUCGGUCACACGGUCCAGCGCUCCAUGUAGUGAGGGCACGGCUUCCACGGACGCUCCGCUGUCUGGAUAUCACUUUCUCUGGAUUAUAUUCAUUUGAUGCUUUUUAUCUCCACCUCGAUGUAUAGAAAUGGGUAAACUGCACUCCAAGCAUGCCGCUAUUUGUAAACCGAGGGAGAGCCCUGAAGGGGACAGCUUUGUUGUGAAUGCCUGUUUGGCUAAAAGGGGGGUCGACGACUGGCUCGUGAAGCAGAAGUACUACAGCGCGAGCGCUCGCCUCGAGCAGCAGGACUGUCACCGUAACUACGGGCUUACUGCGCGGGACUCAUUGGCUGACGCAGGGAUCAUUGAUGAACACUAUCGUUUAGAAGUGGCUCUACCCCCGGAGAAGACAGACAUCUGCUGUGUGGAGGAGAAGAUGCAGGAGAGGGACAGCCGGUCCCCCGCAGGGCAACAGAAACAGCUCCAGUUUGAAGAGCUGGAGUGUGCUGUGUCUUUGGAGGAGGACAACAGACAGGAGUGGACCUUUACCCUCUAUGAUUUUGACAACAAUGGCAAAGUUACUCGAGAGGACAUUACCAGCCUGCUCCACACCAUUUAUGAGGUCGUGGAUGCCUCCGUCAACCACUCUCCUGGCAACAGCAAGACUUUGAGGGAACUCUCCGUCGCUCCGGACUCAAGUCAGCGGUGGAGGAGCUGUGCUCAGGGUGCGACAGGUAAAGCUCCCGUUGACUCAGUGUGGGGCAGCGGCAGAGAAAAGAGGGCAUUGUUACCUUCCAUUUACACGUCUGCGCUGACAGCUCACUCAGACGUUUUGUUUGUUGUCAUGUAGAGAGGCGGCCGCUUC